UCUGACAACAUGAAGGUCCUGCUGCUUACGCUGCUCUUCGUGCUGCUGUGUAGCACCCAAGUGCUCACUCUCAAUUGCUACAUCUGUGUGGAUGAAAAUGACACAAGCUGUAAGACAAAGACAGUUUGUCCACUGUCAGCGCAGUACUGUAAAACCACCCAGAAAGGUGACAGAAUUUCUCGAUCAUGUGAGGAGUUCUGUGCUGAGGACUAUUUCACAACCUGUUGCAGAGAGGAUUUGUGCUAGGCCUGAAGCACCCCUCCCGUCACUUUCACUUUCUGUUUAAUCAAGUACAAUGAAAAAAAUGAAAUUACAUUAAUCUGAAUGCAAUGUCAUUUGUUUAUUUACCCAAACAGAAUCUAUCAAAAUCACGCACACUUGAUUAGAGUUUGACUUGCUCUCAUUCAUUAUGAUCCCAAAUACAUGACUGGUGAUUAUGGUCAUGGAUUUUCUUGUAUUUUUUUGUUUUUCUUAAUGAAUAGAUGCGGGAAGCAGGGCGAAACACACCCACACCCUCUUAAUCCUUUCCUGAGUGACUUAGUGGGUCAGAGCAAUAAGCAAUGCUAUGUGGGUCACUGUCU